GAGGGGGGGAGAGCUUCUUUAACGGGGAGCAUAUUGACUGGGGAAGACCCCGCCAUAGCAGCCCUGGCCACAGGGGGCGGGGGCUCUGCUUCUCCCCUUGCCCUGGGGGGCCACCCAGGCUUCCUAGAGAGCAAAGCCUGCCCCCACCCGGGGGGGGGGGUUCUGGGAGUCCAGGCUUCCAAGGGAGUUUGUUGGGGUUCCCAAAAGAGCAAAGGAAUCUCGACCCCACCGCUGGGGGUCUCCUGGCUUGGUUGGGAUCAGAGUGGCCGCGCUCACCCCCACCCACCCACCCACCCUGAAGCCGAUUUGAGCUAAGCACUCUCAGCACAGCCUUCCUCACAGGGCUGUUGUGAAUAUGAGGUGAGGAGAAGAUGUGCUGAGAAGACAGAUCGACAGAGGCCGUCCUGGAAGACCAUCAAGGGACUAAGCACGAAAGAGCCCUGCAGGAUCCAAACCGUCACCCCUUGACUCCAGCCUCCCGGUCCACCCAGUCACCAAGCAGAGGGCCAACAGGAAGGUUCAGAGACCGAGGCCCUCCCCUCCCCCCAAAGUUGCCCCCUAGCUCUGUGAGUCUGUAGUUGACUGCCCCUGGAUGGGGAGGCUCCCUUUAUGCACCAGGGCCAGGAGGUGCUGAUGGGAGUUCUCUAGGAGUUGAUCCAAUCCCACAGCUGGCCUGCUGUCGCCCAUGCCGGGUGUGCUGGGGGGUCGAGUGGGGUGGGGGGAGAGGCAGGAGCCUGAAGCCUGCUCCCUGGACCCCGUCAGUCCCAGAGGCCCCCCCCCUCACGAAAUGCAAUGGGCCGGCCUCUAUCGUGUCCCCCCAACUUCCCUAAACUAGCCCUCCCCAAAGGCCUGCCUGCUGGCGGGACCCCUCGACAGACCUCGCCCCCCCCCCAGCAAAGGUGAGAAGGAGCCCAAGGGGGAGGGAUCCGCCCUGCUUGCGCAUUUACACCAUUGUCAAGCGGCUGGCUGAGCCAACCUGUGGAUUGCUGAAUAAUAAAGAAGUCUUUUGGUCCCAAGAAAAUUAAAUUAAGGCACUGCCUUCCUCUCCCACUGGCCCAGCCCAGACCUUCACCAGCCCCCAAAACUCUCUGGGCCCCACCCGCAGUUCAGUCCCUGCCCCCACCCCCCACCUCAUGGGAAUGAGCUACAAAUGGCUUGUAGGCUGAUGCAAACCUUCAGUCCAGGUGAGCAGAAUUCCCCUGAAUAAGAAGGCAGGAGAGGGUUGGGUUGGACCUGAGCUCUGAGGAAGGUGGGAAGAGUCGGUUGCAGGACGGCCCACCAAAGAACCCAGCUUUGGUCUGUUUUUGUCCGGGCCUUGCAGAAAUGUUGGACUCACAGCACCGGUUCUGGGACACGGAAAAGGAGGAGGAAGAAGAGGAAGAGUUGUCCUCCCCAGAAGACUUUUCUGCAGACUCCGAGGAGUCUUGUGGUGAAGACUGCCAGGAACGUGGUCGAGGGUGGUGGGAUCCAGCCAUCGGCCACCCGUUGCAACGCCACACACAUGAACUCUGGCGAUGUCGGCAGGGCCCGGAUGAGUGGCCGGAUAACGGCUGUUUUCCAGGCUGCACAGAGCUUAGAUGGGACAGUGGGGCAGAGACCCAUCCCUGGGGGAGAGAGAGCCCACCUUGGGACCCUCCUGUCCGUUCUUGGGUGCAAGACACAGGAGCCGUCUGCCAGUGCCUUUGGCACCUGGAGCAGGUAGCCGCUGCUUCCUCAUGGAGGCUCUCCCACCCUUCCUUCCAGACCGUCUUUACUGCCGUUGCCGUUGCUGCCGACAGCAGCCCCUUCCAGACUUCACCUGGAGACCCGAUGCUGCCCCAGGCCGGUGGAGGCCCAACCCCAACGAUGCCCCCGGGAUGCCAAGUGUGCAGCAGCAGCACCUCUGCCUCCUCCCAACAAGUUCUCCACAGCCUGCGGCUGAACACACCAGCUCCCAUCGUGUGCAGCCAGCCCACUGCUUCUCCUGGCCCCCGCUGGCCCUCUGAUCCCGAAUGUGGGGCGCUACUGGCACUGCCCGCUGGUGCAAGAGGUGAGGCCAGUGCUGGCCUGCCCCCAGAAGCAGCAGGGGGUGGGGAAACGGGUGCCCCAGAGCUCUGCUAGCAGCAAGUGGGUCAGCGCCUCAAGCCAUGGGGCUGCUCCAGCUUAUUUGGGGAGGCGCUGGGAUGUUUCCACCUGAAACGGGCUGUUGGGGGGGUGGGUGUGGAUUCUGUGGCCUGAAUCAUACAGCGCAGCAGACGGGAGGAGACCAGCUGUUUCUACACCUGCAAGAAGAGGGAGAGGCGGGUGCUGUUUUGGAAACGCUGACUUGUGGGCAAGAUCCUUUGGCUGGAGCAGGAGGAGGAGGGAGGGGGUGAAGGGGGGGAGAGGAAAGGAACCAGCUGGAGACAAGCAGACCUGUUUUCCCUGUGUGUGUUUUAGAGGGUGGGGGUGGGUGGGGGGAGUGAGGGUGUUCAGAAGUCUCUCGAAGCCUGUCCUGUUUGUUGGAGCGCUGGCUCAGGUGGUUUGAACAGAAGCAAAAUCCUGGCUCUCCAGAGCCCCUUCUGGAUAAAGGGGCUGCCGGCUGCGUCCUAUCCUCCCUCUCCCCUGCUGCCAGCCCAACACCACUGUCUUCUGGGGAUGCUGACGGCCAAGAGGGGGCUGACUUCUUGGGAGGCAGCAGGAGAGAGCAUCGUGACACACACACCUGUCCUAGUUCAUAACUGCAACAUUACUUGCUUGGGAUGAGGGAGAAGCAGUUUCGUGGCCCGAGUGGAGCUGCGCCCAUAGCAACCCAGAUCCCCCGCCCCCACUUCUGAAAGGAAGGGGGGUGCAGCUGCAAGGGAAAGGCAGACAGGCCACCUGUCUUGUCUCCACCAGUGGCAUUUAUUUUGAUGAUUUGCCCCUAGAAUAUGUGUGUGGGGGGGUGACGGGGCUGCUCAGCUCCAGCCUCUCCGGAGGGCUCGUCUCUCCCUUCGCCUCCUUUCCAGCUGCUGGAAAUACCGUGAGGUCUCCUGCAUCACGUCGUCCAGGAAGUGCAGGGCGUCCACCAGAGCUGCUUCGGUGCCGUCUUGCCGGGGUGGUUUGAUGAUGCUCAGCUGGGGAGGAGGAGGAGUGGGGGGGGGGAAAUUAACCCUUGUUCUGCCCCCCCCCCCACUGGCCCAACUCAUAUGGAUUUUGCUGAAAGAUAUCAGUGAUGUGUCCCCCUCCCCAAAAAAGGUUUUCCUAGCAGGACAAAACAUGAGGCGAGGAGUUCCGCAGGCCCCACCUGAAGUUUCCAAAGAGAAGCCCACGUCUCUACCUCGCAAAGGCCUCUGCUCACUUCCUUACCAUGCAGUUCCCCUCUGCUUGAGGGCAACAGAGGAGCAGCGGCCAGCUUUCGUUUCCUCUUGGAGCACACCUGAGGAAGGCGUGGCUUAUCCCUGGGGCCACACCUGGCAGCAGCCACAAUUGGAGCUCUUCACUUAGCCUUGAGUUAACAUCCUCCCCUCCUCCAACCCAGAAGCCCAGUCCGUCCAACCUUGGACUGUUGCCCCACAAGACCCGGGUUUCGGUUGCCCAGCCACUGGUUAGACUGACCUCCCAGGGCCUGAGCACCCCGACCCAUCCGACCACCAGCAGCACCAGGGUGGUGAGCACCGUCCAGUAGGCCCAGCACAGGGGGAAGCCCUCCAGCAGCAGCAGCAGCCCUGACGGCAUCUCCAGAUCUCUGCAGAACCACAUGGCUCACCCAGCCACCCCAGGGCACCACGCUCAGCCCCACGCCCAGCCUGCCUCCCACUAGUUCUGGAACCUGCCUGGUCGCUGGGUGACGGGAAAACAAUAGGGCUGGAAUGGGGCGGGGGGGGGGGGCGCACACAGUCUAAACACACCAUUGAAAUAUCUCCUAAUUCCAUCUUUGUGUUCAAUAAAUCUGUUUUAUAUGUG